AUGGCAUCUCCUAGCAGACACACGGCCAUUAUUGGCGGUGGCAUUAUGGGAGCCACCACAGCCUACUACCUCACUGAGCAGCCCGGCUUCGAUAUCUCGGCCCACAAGGUGACUAUCAUCGAAGCAGUUGGAAUCGCCCAAGCAGCAUCCGGCAAGGCUGGUGGCCUGGUCAGUGUUGUCGAGGCGCUGCACACCGAAGAGACCUAUGAACUCGCGAAAAUCUCGUGGAAGCUGCAUUCUGAUCUGGCUGCCAAGCACAACGGAGCUGAAAAGUGGUGGUAUAGGCGUGUAGACAUGCAACAGCAAGAGCUUGAAUCCACGAAGCCCGAAAAGCCAGCGCUGCCACCACCAGACUGGGACACAUCUUGGUUAAAUACAGAUCAGAUAACUAAAUGCAGCGUUGAGGGAACUAAAGACUCCGCUGGACAAGUGGGCGUCGAGGUCAUCCUUGGAAAGGUCAAUCGAGCUACAUAUGCCGAAAAUGGUUCUUUCAUCACCACACUUCAAUAUGUCCCUCGCGGUGACACGUCGCCGAUAAAUUUAGCCGUCACCAACGUGGUACUCGCAGCAGGGCCAUGGUCAGGGGAAGUUUUCGGCGCAAUCAAGCCAUCAGGCAUAUCGUACGAGUUACCCGUCUUUGGCACUCGUGGCCACUCCAUUUUUAUCGACACUCUAGAGCCGCUACCUCCUUUGGCAGUAUUUACCGAAUACCAUAAUGGUGAAUCCGAACGUCUGGAAGGGGAGACGACAAAACCGUUCCAUCUCGAGUUCUACCCACGCCCAGAGUAUCUCUAUGUAUGUGGACCGGCAGACAACCGAACACCUUUGCCCCCAGUGGAUACACCAGCGGUUGAUUCGGCAUUUUGCAAUCGCAUGUUUGAAAUGUGUGGCAAGACAUCUCAUGUUCUCGCGAACGGAACUCUGAGGCAAAAGCAGAGUUGUUAUAUGCCCAUGGUCAAGCUUACUGAUCGAUCAUCUGCGAACCCUGUCUUGUCUGGGCCUCCUCUUAUUGGAAAGCUACCUUUCUUCGACAACCUCAUUGCCGCCACGGGACAUUCAUGCUGGGGGAUGAUGUUUGGACCAGCCACGGGCUACGUGGUGGCAGAGAUCCCGUUCGCCUCGUGA